CUAGUUCUGCCGGCCUGUCUAAAUCUCGCAAGAGCUUAAGUUCUUUGUAAUUGUGCCACGUCUUGUUUCUAGUGGUGGGCUUUUGCAGUUAGACCCGGUUAACGAUUCAAUAAGGAUAUCAAUCAAAACCCCCAAAGGGCAAUAACUACAUACAUAACCAUUGUCUGCAUCUGUAGGAAGAAUAACUAUCAUGAAUUUAUAUAAACAUCGAAAUUGGAAUUUUUCCAGCUGGGCAUAACUACAGUUCUUGUUUGUGUGAUGUUGAUACAUCUGGUGUUUUCUCACGGCGACCACGGCCACUCUCACGGCGACCACGGCCACUCUCACUCUCACGGCGACCACGGCCACUCUCACUCUCACGGCGCCCACGGCCACUCUCAUUCUCACGGCGACCACGGCCACUCUCACUCGCACGCUGCCCACUCUCACUCGCAUGAUGGACAUGCUCAUUCCUUCCAUGAAGGUGCCAGCAAAUGGCAUGCUAGUGCUAAUAUGCAUUUACAAGAUGAGGCUCAAGAACAUGGCCACUCACAUGUCAACAGUGCAAAAAAAGUACAAGCUGAUGUUCCUAAAGGAAGAGAGAAGACUGACCCUGUAGAACUCUGGACUCAGGCCAUUGGUGCUACCCUUUUAAUAAGUGCUGCGCCGUUCCUCAUCCUAUUUCUCAUCCCAGUUGAGUCUAAUACUUCUAAGCACCAGAGUUUGCUGAAAGUGUUGCUGAGUUUUGCCUCAGGAGGCCUACUUGGGGAUGCAUUUUUGCAUUUGAUCCCCCAUGCACUGCAGCCACAUAGUCAUCACGACAAAGAAGGACAUGGGCACUCACAUCAGGCAUCUCACGGACAUGGGCACUCGCAUUCAGGUGGAGAUCACAGCCACCUCAUGUCAGUGGGGCUAUGGGUACUUGCUGGAAUCGUGGUUUUUCUGGUAGUGGAGAAGUUUGUUCGUCAUAUAAAGGGUGGUCAUUCACAUGGUCAUGGACAUUCACAUGGUAAAGAUAACAAAGCAAAAGACAGCUCAGAAGAAGAAGAAGAAAAAAAAGAGAGUGAUAUGCAAUCCAAAACUGGUAAAAAUAUAAAGAAGAAAGAGAGCACACCUUGCCAGAAAAAAGAUGAAAAAAGUAAUGACAUAAAAGUAUCUGGCUAUUUGAACCUGGCAGCUGACUUCACCCACAACUUUACUGAUGGGUUAGCUAUUGGAGCCUCUUUCUUAGUGAGCCCCAGCGUUGGUCUAGUAACCACAGUGACAAUUUUGUUACAUGAAGUCCCUCAUGAAAUCGGAGAUUUUGCUAUCUUGGUGCAGUCAGGAUGUAGCAAGAAGAAGGCAAUGUCAUUACAGCUUUUAACUGCUGUGGGUGCUAUGGCAGGGACCUGCUGCUCCCUUUUGGCUGAGGGAAUUGGUGAGGCUGCCACUGCUUGGAUCCUGCCCUUCACCGCUGGUGGUUUUAUCUAUAUUGCUACAGUAUCUGUCAUCCCAGAGUUGCUGCAUGACUCUAAACCAGUGCAAUCUUUGUUGGAAAUUCUGGCCAUACUCUUUGGAGUAGUCAUGAUGAUUCUAAUUGCAGAGUAUGAGUGAAUUUCUGAAGAGAACCUCCGAUCAUUGUCCUAAAAUACUGGUGGUGGUACAGCUUCAAAAAUGGGGGGGAAAGAGGUCUGUUCUAGUUAUUCGUGACUGCAUUUUGUGAAAUAAAAUCUGUGUAGUUUGGAAUCUUCUUCAUCCUUCUACACUUAAGAUAAGAACAAAAAUUUAUUUGCCCUCUGCAUUAAAAGGUGAUAAUGGAACAGCUAAAUGUUUUUUUUUGUUUUUUUGUUUUUUUUUUUUGGUAAGGCACUAUAAUGACUUGUUUAUGGGACUUCUUUCUUUAACCAAGUGACAUCUUUUCUGAUAAGAUUAUUUAAGCACAAAAUGGCUUAAUGUAACAAAGACACAACUAUGUACAUUAAUGCAUGAGAGAGGGGCAAACACAGACAUGUUGCCAUUUCUAUUUUUCCCUUUUGUAAAGCAGUAUCUUUUAGACCUUGCAGCAGCUACAGUUCGACCCUAAGUAUUUGGACCAUGUAUAAAAAUGACUAAUUCAUAAACGGCUCAUACGAUAUUUUUGGUAAACCCUUAAAUUAAAGGUAAACGUCUACACUUCAAUCACAUAAUUAUUUCUUUAUUUCAAAUCCAUUGUGGUGGUGUACAGAACCAAUAGCAUGAAAAUUAUGUCACUGACCAAAUACUUAAGGACCUGACUGUAUCUCCUACCCAAUGCCAUACGAAAAUAGCAGGACAAGCACACCCAAACACUUCACUGUCUUUUUCUCUUAUAUUUUGACUUUUCACUGAUGUUAUGCUUACUGGGACAUUAAAAGGGCUGAGUUGUCAAAUUGGUUCUCAUUUUUUUUUUUUUUUCUUUUUUUCUUCCUGUAAAGCAUAGUUAAAAAGAACUGCUUUUAACAUAUUGCAAAACUUUUACUGUUCCUCUUUGCUGGAUGCUGGCCUCUGGUGACUAAAGAUAUGCUUCCUGUUUUUUUUUUUGUUUUUUUUAUAAGUAGAACACAGCAAAUAUAAUUAAUAGAAUGACAUGGUAACUCAGUAGUAAUAGAGAAAGAAGGUGAGGCUGAAUGAAGAUGAUUGGCAAUUUAACCUCACAGUAUAUCAUGUGGCUGGGUUUUUGCAUUGCAUUGUGGCAACUGUGAUUGUUUACAUCAAUACUGCAAUCCCAUGUAAUAUUUUUAAUUAAAACAUUUUUUUGGAAAAGAGUCUGCAUCCUUUAAGUUGUAAGCCUUUUCAGUUGUGGUUGUAAGUUAUUCCAGAUUAGGAAUGAAUGGAAAGUACUAUCUGAUUUUAUAGUAUAUAUAAAUUUGCAUAUGUUGUGCAUCUUUCUACUUUUAUAAACAAAUUCAUGAAGGUUAAAAUUCAGAACUACUUUUUGAUACUUUAUGUACAUACAAUCCAAGAUAGUUUGUGGUUGAAGUAGUUGCUUCUAUUUCAGCCUAAGGAGUUACAGUAGUAACAUAGUAAUUUGAUCUCUUGCAAUGGACACAUGCUUUUCUCAUUUGUUAAUUGAAUACAUAUUUUUUUUUGAUAAAGAUACAUGUUCAGUUGUUCAUCUUAGUUGGAUUUUUGUUCGGUGUCCUAAACAACACAACACAUUCACACAAGAAUACUUUUAAAAUAUUUUUCGUAACAUUGGAUUAAAAUCGAAAUCAAAAAACUAAAUUAUAAUAGUAAGUCUAAUACUUCCCAAUGUACAUAAUUAAUCAAAAUAUUAAAAGUAAUGAUCAAGCUAAUUCAGCAAAUUUGGUUUUUGGUUUACCAUGAAUGAUGAAACAUUCUUUUUGUUUUAGGAUAAAGAAAAUUUUGCAUAAAGACAUCUGAUAAAUAAAAACAAA